CAAAAGUGGUGCUUUCAGGAAAGCUUCCCUACCAGUUCUCUACCAGAUACCAGUCUGUUUGGAUGCCUGAGAGAGAAUGUCUGACCGGAUCUUCUAUAUUCAUUCUAAUUUGUCCUCUGUCCCCUGGGAGGGCAGCACAGCAGCAGGGGCUCCCUCUUCUCCUACACCUGGUCACUACCAUGUCCUCUACCGAGGGUGUGGAGAAACCCAGGUGGGCUGGCAUGGGGAGACGUACUGCCUGGUUGGUGGCUACCGGACCUAUGGGGAUGCUCCUGUGGCCACCCCAGCAAAGAUGGAAGCAGAGAAACCAAUUCCCAGCCAGGCUCCCAAAAGACGUCGAGCUAUGGCAGAGUCAAACAAAGAUGUAGGUUGCUCCAGCCCCAAAAUUCGGCGAUUGAAGCACAGUGGCAGGAGGCUGACCCCAAAGAAGCUUGCUGACUGAGCCACUUUACAGGAAUGGCAAACAUUUAACUGCCUAAGACAGCUAAUGCCUCUUCCUGAAGUGACCCCCCACUGCCCACCACUGGAGAUUAGAACCUGAGCCAUUCUGUCUGAGCCUUCCUCAGCCAGGAGCCUCCUUCCAUACUAACUGGCCAUGGGCAAGGAGCCAUAGAAGCUGAGAUUUGAAAUGAAAGCCUGCUCUGAACAUCCCAGAGCCAAAACUGGCCUGGAAGAAACCCUGAUGUUUCUCCACUCAAUCCUGUAGAGUCCCUUCUCAGGAAGAAGAAAGCAAAGUUUGCACUCUUUGAACCAAGGAGGAUGCAGGAGCAGAGGGAGCGUUCAGAGUGACCUUAGCAGGGACUCAGUCCAUCAGAUGGACUCUUGCCCUGAGUCAUUCAUUGCCAGCAGUCACCAAUUAAACCAAGAGGAGCUGGACUUUUUUAAACUGAAAAAAGCAAUAUGGGUCUACCGAGGGAGCCUCUUGUCUGGAGUGGCAGGAGGCAGAAAAAGGAAAUCCAGGAAGACCCGCUCCCCAGAGCAGGAAGAAAAUGGAGAGUUGGGUGGCGCCACCACUGAGGCUCACGUGCUCCUUCAUUCCCAGUCCUUCUUAGCCCCAGUGGGAUUUCUUACUGUUCAAUAAAAUGGUUUUCUCUAACAUAUUUGACUUGAAAUCCAGCUUGUCCAAGGCCAGGCCCCAAAUCUUCCUUUUCCCUUGAAGUACAUUUCCACAUGGGGUAUCUGGUGCUCUAACACCUUCUGCCUCCAAAAAAGACCCGUGAGUGCAGCUUCUAACUGUAUGGCUACCAUAAUGACACCCGUGCAAAUUGGGGUAGGACACAGGCAGGUUCUUUAGGAGCCCAAGGGUGGCUGGGUGGUUCAAUUGGUUAAACGUCUGAUUCUUCAUUUCGGCUGAGGUCAUCAUCUCACAGUUCGUAAGAUUGAGCCCUGUGUCAGGCUGCACGCUGACAUCAGGGAGCCUGCUUGGGAUUCUCUGUCUCCCUCUCUCUCUCAGCCCCUCCCUGGCUCAUGCUCUCUCUCUCUCUGUCUGUCUCUCGCUCUUGCUUUCACUCUUGCUCUCACUCUUGCUCUCUGUUGCUCACUCUCUCUCUCUCUCAAAGUAAAUAAAUAAACUUUAAAAAAUGGUGAGCUUAAUGAGAACUUA